AUGGCACCAGCUGUCAUGGGCGGCUCAUUCUUUGGUGUCGAUGCUCAGCUGGAGAACUGGAGGCUGUUCGCUUUCUAUUUCGACGAAGUUCGCGUGGAUCUGAAGUGUUUGAAGACUCCGACAUCUGACACCCUGGUUGCUGAUACAGUCACCAGAGUGACCAUCACGACCAAUACGCUCCGUCGCGCUUUCCCUCACCUCAAUAGAGAUGGUACCGGUGGCUCGAAAGGCGGUGUAUGGUCGUCUCUUGCAGCAAAAAUGCUCGGAAAGAAUAUUGUUAUGCGUGGUUCGGUAUCCUUUCGAUGGGACAGCGCAACAGAUAAAGUGGUGAGCAUUUAUUCUCAAGCGGACAUGCUAACGCCAAUGCUGAAUCUGCUAGGGAGUUUAGAGGACGUGUGUUGUGCUUUCAACAAGGCCAGAGUCACGCCUGACUGCAGAUUUGUUAGAGUUAACUAG